AUGGCGCCGCUCAUACUUUCCUCAAGAGCCUCUGCCGCAGAGUCCAUUCCAGAAUCCACUCCUGACAUCCAGUCCAACGCCAACCCAGUCGCAAUAGGGAGGGAAAGGGAAAACUUAUGCCCCCUAGCGGUUGUUUCCGAGUUUUGGACGGUCCCAGGACACACGUGUGAAGUCCCCCACCACUCCACACGGGUGCAGCACAGUUCCGGUGCACUGCUGGAUUCUGAAGGGGUUUCUGGAGCGUUCAAAUACCGCAGUCCGGUCCCCUCCAUGCUGGGCUGUCCGACGCCCAGCAUGUCAGAGGAGACGCCGCCUGACAACCAGGAGACCGGUCCCACACCAGCGGGGUCGAUACCGGAACCAGCGGGGUGGGUAACGGAGACCGGUCCGACACCAGCGGGGUGGGUGCCGGAACCAGCGGGGUGGGUGCCGGAGACCGGUCCGACACCAGCGGGGCGGGUGCCGGAACCAGCGGGGUGGGUACCGGAGACCGGUCCCACAUCCGCCCAGUUCCUCCAGGCCGAGCUGGAGCUGAACGCGCACCUCCGUCGGCUGACGUUCGGCGAGCCGGUGCGGUAUAUUUACAACCCGCUGGAGUACGCGUGGGACACGCACCGCUGCUACGUGGAGACGUACUGUCAUGGCGGCCAAAGUGUCCUGUUUCUGGGUAUGAACCCCGGACCUUUCGGGAUGGCCCAGACGGGGGUCCCCUUCGGGGAGGUCAGCUCAGUUCGUGAUUGGCUAAAGAUCACAGGGGAGGUGAGCCACCCGGCUGAAGAGCACCCAAAGCGACCGAUCACGGGGCUUGCCUGCAGCAGGAGGGAAGUGAGCGGCGCACGCUUCUGGGGCUUCUUCAGGAAGUUGUGUGGCGAGCCUGCGCUGUUCUUCCGCCACUGCUUUGUGCACAAUCUGUGUCCACUCAUUUUUAUGAGUGCCACUGGCAAGAAUCUGACACCGCCUGAUCUUCCUGCUGGGCUGCGCGAGAAGCUUCUGGCCCUUUGUGAUGUUGCGCUGUGUCAGGCGGUGAAGACUCUCGGAGUCUCCAUGGUCAUUGGGGUUGGGAAAGUGGCCGAGCAUCGGGCACGGCGAGCUCUGUCCGAGGCGAAUAUUAAUGUACGAGUAGAGGGCAUCAUGCAUCCCUCCCCAAGGAACCCACAAGCCAAUAAAGGUUGGCAGGAAGUGGCGGAGGCCAAGUUGACAGAACUGGGUGUCCUAGAGCUGCUGAGAAAGACGUGAUCUUAUCAGCCUCCUCUGGCAAAGAUUUCAUCAACAACAGCAACAGUAACAGCAACAACACGUGUUCUUGGCACAUGAACGUACCUGCUGAUUCUCGUGGAAGACACUUUGGAUGAAAGUGUCAACUGGACGAGUGAAUGUCAGUAUAACAUGCAGUAGACCAUGGAUUUCAGGACCAGGAGGACAAAGCAACGUACUGAGUGCGAGGGUUGCUCGAUAUCUCGCCUAGUGCUGAUGUUAGCAUGGUCACAGCUCUGCCUGCCUGUCUUCAAGGUGUUUAUCGUGGUGGGCCGUUAUCCCGGGGGCAUGUAGUAUCAGGGCAAUGCCAUAACCAUCUCUGGUAUAACUGUAAAUACUGGUGUGUUGUAGUUAUGUAAUGAAAGUACAUGUAUGGGUGGCAUUAUUAUGUAAUUAUGGAAUGAAAUAUAUGGUGGCACGGCAGCGC